AACUUAAUUUGGUAAGUGGGUUGGAGGGAGACCAUGUUCAAAUUCUCCAAACUUUAUUCAUAUAUGUUAACGUUCUCAGUUCCAUGAGGUUGUGGUCUUCUUCCAGAAAUUUUCCAAGCCUCUGAUAGGGUCUGAGCUUUUCCUAGAGCGCUCCAGGCUGAGGAAGAGGAGGGAGAGGAGCGCGUAAACCGCCCCUCUGCUUCUUCUACACUCCGCUCACGACAGGAGAUCCGCGCGCGCGUCGAUCGUCACGAGCGUGUAGUUUGUGAAUGAAGGAUUCACAUAUUCCUGUCGGUGGGUCUUGUCUGUCAGGUUGUUGUCUUUGCGCAGCAGCCGCGAGAAGAGACGGACGCAGAGCUGAACGCGAGGCUUGACCGGUGCCAGCUUUAUUGGAAAAUGGGGUGUCGGCUCCCAAAGCUGAGGAAGACAGAAGACAGGCACAGCCCGGGCAACAUCUACUCGACUCUCCGAAGACCUCAGGUUGAGACCAAAGUUGGAGUGGCCUACACCUACCACUUCCUGGAUUUCCUGUUGGGGAAAGAAGAGGUUCCGGUGUCGUCUGUGCUUUGUCUAUCGUCGGUCAGGGAACUGCCAGUCCAAGUCAGGGAGCUUUAUGCUCAAGGCUUUGUCUUGGUUGCCGUCCACCCCUUUGUUCACCCCUGUGGCCCUCGCCACGCACACAUCCAGCGGCAGCUCCACCGUGCCGUGUUGGUCCGAGAAACCCAGAGUUUAGAGAAAAAGCAAUGGAGAUGGUCCAGAAGUCGCUUGGAGACGGACAUCUGUGUCGCGGGUCAACAAGCUGCAGACCCGGAGGCGAUCCAAAGUUAUGUGAAGAGGAUCCAGGAUGUAGCGGAACAGGGGGUGACAUUUGUGGGAUUUCUCCAGCAGCCAGGUGGAGGACUAUACAUCUCAGGACACUGGGAACCCGAGGAGCUGUCGUCCUUACAUUCAAGCCCCUCCCCUAUACAUCGACACCCUUUUAGCUCCAACGCCAGCCCAACGGAUCCUGACGAAACACACCCAAAUGGAAUAGAUGCCGAUUUUUCCUGCUGUGAGUCUGAAAACUUAGAUCCUGACGCUCUAAAACUCAACAAACAAGACCAGAACACUUUGGUUCCAAGAGAGCAAACCUUUUUUAAAUACACUCACGUUUUAGAGCUAAACAAAGAAGAUUCCAACAAACAUGUCCAAAGUGAACCAGAUUCAGGCUCACUGAAAGACAAUGAUGGGUUAAGUCUGCCGGAAAAAACUGUAACUUUAAGGCAGCAGGAAUGGCAGCGGUCAGAAGGCAAACAAAACCUUCCUGAAGCCACAGAAACAUAUUUGAACUUUUCCAAUGAAAGACAACGAAGGUGUUCAAGCUCAGAUAGCUGGGUGAGCUCUCCUGAACUGGAUCGCAGCCGAGACAGAAAAUCGAUGAAUGCAGAUGGGCAAAGCAGUGUGACGACGCACAACAACAACAACCACAUCAGGAUGAAGAGUUCUCACAGAGACAAAAGUGCAAAUUCCCCACAGCCACAGAACAGAAUGCAGCUGUUUGCACUGUACAACCACUCGGAGAAACUAAACUCCUCUCUGAGGUUCUAUGCUCUCCGAGUGCCACUCAGAGUGCAGAAGGAUGCAGGGCUAAUCACAGAAGUGGACGCCAACUGGCUCGACCACAUGACUCAGCAUUUUUCCAGUGGAGCACGCCUCAUCGAUGGGUUCUUUCACCUCCCGGAUGAUAAUGAUAAUGGAGUUUCCUCUGUGGACAGUGUCUUCAUCUUCCAGAGGUCUGCAGAGGAGACCUCGGGUGUCAGCUACGAUGCCAUCGUGGUUGAGCAGUGGACUCUUGUUGAUGGUGUUGUGGUGAAGACCGACUACAUUCCACUGCUCCAGUCUUUGGCUCUGUAUGGAUGGAGACUGAUGUGCGUGUUACCCACACCUAUUGUCAAGACAAACAGCGAUGGAAGUUUGUCGACUAAGCAAAUCCUUUUCCUUCAGAGACCCGUUUUGCAGCGCAAGAGAAAAGACUUCAAGCUGAACCUCAGGGGUCGCAGCAAGGCAAAGAAAAGCUCUGCUGGAGAGGCUCUCGACGAGCAGGAAAACAGGUCCCUUGUGAUGGAGACUGAGAUGGACAGGCUGAGACUUGGCGCCGAAGAGGAGGAAGAAGACGAAGGAAGCGGGAGCAGAGCGAGCCUUCAGAGACGCGAAGAUGUGCAGCAUCAAAGGAGCUUCCUGUUUGAGCGCAGGGCUUCGGCUGAAGACCAGGAAGAGGAAACUGACAUUGACGAGAGCCCCCUGUCCAAGCUAGAGAAAUCAGUUAGAUGGACGGAUUUCUGUCAGAAAUGUGAUGGAGGGGUGAAAGAGGAGGUGAGAGUGGAGGAGAGGAUUAAACAGCAGCUAUUUUCAGGGGUUUGUUAACAGUUUUGGCACAUAGCCUGAAGUGAGGGUUAAAAACCUGAAUAGCAUAAAGAAGAAAAAAGCCUUUUAGCGCAUCUGGUCUCUGCUUUGUCUUUUGUUUUACAGCUUUUCUCUGAAAAAUGGAGAACAUGUCACAGCUUUCUGUCUACUAUUAGAUGCACCUUCAAACAACAUUAGACAACAUUACAUGCCGCUGUAAUUAAAUAUAUAUAUAUUUGUGAACCACAUAUUUUAAAAAAAGUAUAACGGCUUUGAAAACACAUAGAGGCUUCAAGUGGAGGUGGAUUAAUACAAACAUGUCUGGACACGUGUUUUUACUAUUCUAACUGCUAAUUACAAGAUAGUUGAAGUUUUCUGUGGAGAAUUCUGCAUUGGAACUGGAUCAAACCAGUCUCACACGCUGUUUGUUGCUUUGUUGUGGGUUUUUCUUCCAGUGUUCCUUCAUCUGCUAAAGCUAAGAAGACUGGGGCUGGUUCCACGGGAGGCCUUUCUGUUUGCAAGCUCCUGCUGUGAAAUUGAAAGUGUAAAACUAAAAGCAAAACAAAAACAACAAAGCCAUCAAAACAGUAUCGUAAAGAGUGGUCACAGCAACAGUGAUACAAUGGAGAACUCAGAAAUUGUAAAUCUCAGAAAUCGACUGAGUACUAGAGUCAGACCAUCGCAGCUUCUUGAUCAAGUGUUCACCAUGAAGAACGCUGUCCAGCACGGACUGUUGUCUGACUUCAAGAGAACAUACUGGAGCAAACCGAAUAGGAAAGCUGAGAAAAGAAGAACACAUUUGACUAGACUGAAGGCAAAAAGAACUCACAGAAAUCAGUCUGUAACAGACUGGAAAAAAUAUGGCAUAAAAAUGUGAAAUUGCAUGACAGGAAACAUUUUUGGACACACUGGGAAUAAAGAAUUUCUUGCAGAACUGCAUAAUUAGCCUUUAAAAAGCUGCUGACAACAGGAUCAAUUCAAAAUUUUGGCUGAGUGCUAAAAAAUAAAGGGAUCAAAUACCAUUGAUGUUUAAUUAGAAAAUGCAGUAUCGAUUGAUCAAUCAACUUUUUUUUAAUUAUAUGUCUUGAAUUUAUUUUGACAUUAAAAACAAAUUUUUGCUAGAUAUUAUGGUAAAAAUUCCCAUUUUUUAUUGUUGAGUAUUACACCUUUCCUUAGUUUAAUUCAAUGGUUAUCUGCAUUGCAAAAAAAAUGUCAAAAAUUCUUACCCCAUUUACAUCUUUUCUU